GCACGGUCUUAUUAUUCCAAUUUUACUCCAUGUAGACGCAAGCAUGGCACCCUCCAUUCCCGUUACCGUGCCCGACUACAAGAAUGUCCCGCACUCAUACAAACUCCCCGUCGCGCAUCGCGAGGUCGUUCGGACCUUCUCCAAGCUCUCGCGCCUCAGCCUCAUAUCGCUCGUGCACCAAUGGCUCACGAAGAAGAAUCGCGAGUUCUGCAGGCCGUAUCUUAAGGCGGACGAGGACCCGAAUGAGAAGGAUAGACAGGUUUACGAACCCGCAGAGAGCUAUGAGGACUUACAGGAUAUAUACAAAGAACUAGCGGCGCGCAAGGGCGGAAGGAAAGAGGUGGUAGAUCGUAUACUAGAGGGGGACUGGAGGAAUGGCAUAUCUAUGUUCCAGCUUGCAACAGCAGAGGUACACCAUCUACUCGAGCACCCAGGAGCUCUGCGCUGGAACGCGAGACGCCUGACCAAGAUCCGGAAUCCCAGAUUGCUGGAGACAGAUAUGGAGGUUACGAACGAGUCGGAGCACCUUCCGCGCUUCCAGGCGCAGACUUUCAUGAUGAAUCUGGCGAAGGAGCUUCUACCGUUGAUGAAGGCGCAUCUUUUUAUCACAAGGGUUAAGACAUUACCGAUGACGAUCCUGCGCGUCUAUAUGCAUGACUCACCGUACAGCACCGAGGCUUCCCUCGCUAUGGAUACAAGUGGGCCCGAUGGGGCAAAGGCUGUGUUCUUCAUUUGGCCGAAUGGAUCUCCAUUUGUCUUUGUGUCUCUGUCUACCCACCUCGGCCAAGCGGUGGGAGAUGAAGGGCGACAUCUCCGCGACGUAGUUGACCAAGCUAUCCCAAAAGCUUUCUCAAGACCAUCAGCGCGGUAUCAGCUGCUAGGCACAAAUUUCUCUGCAAGGACUUUAACAGCUUUGUUGACAUACCGCGGCCCCGGCAAAACAAAUGCUGCAGCAGGAGGUUGGAGUAUAUUUGCAGAUCACAGCUUCAAUCAGAGCGUGCUUGACUACAUAACCGCUCCUCGGCCUUCCCAGGAGAAGAAAAGAGCUUCUGAUAAAGAGAGUGCAGCUGAGGCUGUUAAGCCCGGCCCAGGGCGUCCAAAACGAGUCGUUGAUGAAAUGGAGACGCUAAAAGUUAAGAGAAGAAGAAAAAUCGCCGAGGGUCGAUUCGGAAGCUCUGCGAAGCUAGGCGACGGCCAAGGUGUCGAACGAUUCGAGGUCCGCAUUGAUGAUCCCUUUCCAACCAUCUCAAACAGCAAUGGCCUACAACGAGACCACAACAUUUCUGAGAUUAGCAAUGCACCUGCAGGACGGCGUAGUCGCCGAGGCCGACCCCCGCUCCUCGAUCGAUCCACCGAAGACAUGGAAGACACCCGGAACGAAGACGACGGUCUAUGGAUCCCAGAUGUCCGUCUCACAUUCUCAGGCACCCAUGUAUUUGCAGGUAUCAGACAACUCGUCGAAGGUGGCGCUAUCGACGGCGAGAAGAUGCCAGGCUGGAUGACAGGCGAGGCAGGGGUUACUCUCGGCUCCGUAAAAUCUGGGAGGAUGAGAACGAAAGGCGAAAUUCAAGGUGUAUGA